AUGGUCCGCCUCCAAGAGCUCGUUGCGCUCGCGCUUUCCACCAUCGCCGACCCAGCCUCCAACGACCCGAUUCUGCAGUGUCUCAACCACGAUCUUAAAUCUCAUCGCGAGCUGGUGCUGAACACUCCAGAAAAAGCACUCCAAAUUGCAGAUGCUCGGUUACGCGUGUUUCCCUUCAAGGAUGUGGAAACGUGCUGGCGACGACUCUACACUGACGCGAGCAUCGCCAAGGCCUGUCUCAAUAUCUGCCUUAACUGUGGCUUAUUACGCGACAGCAAGCUCAAUGAUGAAAGUGCUAACCGGCUCUCAUGGUUUUCCAGCUUGAUUGCCGAUCUCAAUCAGGUGCAGGAACGCGACAACGAGGAAGGAUUGAAGGUGGACCCAAGUGCUUCAUGGUUGUCACCGACAAUACAUCUUCUCGAUAAGGCGUUGAUUAUGACCGGUGCUCCUCUUCGUGAGACGCUCACGGAAUCUCUCCUUGAUGCUCUGCAGCGUGCAAUUUCGUCUCCGAAAGACCGUGCGACCUCUCCUACCGACCUCGAAACCCUCAGCGAAAACAAUGAUAUGUCGGACCCUUUGCAUCGCGCUGCGAAACGCAGGAAGUUUUCUCCUCCCCUUUUUCCUCCGGAUUCUAUUCCAGCCCCCGAGAUAAAGUACCCAGUUUCUCGUGUUUCUACGCCCUCCUUUAGCGCAAUCGAAUACCAUAUUCAUCACGUCAAGACACCCCUGGUAAUAACUGAGGCGGUGGAGCACUGGCCUGCCAUGUCGACACGGCCGUGGAAUUCGCGGGACUACUGGUUUAAACGCACUAUUGGUGGCCGACGGCUCGUUCCUGUGGAAAUAGGCAGGUCUUACACAGACGAGGGAUGGGGCCAACGAAUAAUGGAAUUCGGUGAAUUUGUCGAUCAGUACAUCUGGAGGGAGGAACGUGAUGGCAACGGAGAUAUUGACGUCCAGACCGGGUAUAUGGCGCAACAUGACCUGCUGUCCCAAAUUCCCGCCUUGCGGAAGGAUAUUUCCAUCCCCGACUAUUGUUAUAUUGAUCCACCGGGGCCGGAACCCGGCACCCCAGUCUACUUGAAGAAGCGCCGGGAGCAGGAAAAACAGAGUAGGGAUGCCGAUUCAGAAGGCAUGUCUACCAAUCUCGAUCCAGAACAGCACGUUGGAGACACGGAAUCUUGUCAUUCGGACUCAGAGCUGGGACUCCCAAGCGAUCCGAUCAUUAACACCUGGAUCGGACCAUCGUGGACUAUAUCGCCUCUUCAUCACGACCCAUAUCAUAACAUUCUGGUACAAGUGGCAGGAACCAAAUACGUUCGACUCUACUCUCCACACACUCCAGCCUCACAAAUCUACCCCAAAGGAAUGGAAGCUGUUCAUACGUCCUCGUCGCCAGAAGGAAGCAACGCCCAUUUUAGUCUAAACCAACCACAACCCGAACAGCAAACAUCAGGAAACGACCAGGAACCGCAACUCAUUGACAUGUCCAACACAUCGCAAGUCGACCUAGCAGCCAUUGAACUCUCCCCGGCCGAAUCCGAGCAAUGGGAGGCCAUGUGGCCAGGGUUUCAGCAGGCAGACUACGUUGAGACUAUACUGAGGGAGGGAGAGAGUCUUUAUAUUCCCGUAGGAUGGUGGCAUUAUGUCCGUGGUUUGAAGGCUGGAGUUAGCGUUAGUUUUUGGUGGGGAUAG